AUGACCCGGACCAAGCUUACAGUGGAAACACUGCUUAAACUCACCAUUCCCGUCACGCUUCUCUACAGCCCAGAUAUGCCUGCCGCCUCCAAGUAUAUAGAACGCCCGUUCUCGUGGGCCGAGGUCCAGCACAUAGUGGCCACCAAUGACUUGGACGUGUUUGCACGGUCGCGCCUGCAGACAGAGCAUUAUCUAGCCUUCAAACGAAAGCUACGGCUCCAGGAAACCACGGUGUACAAGCAUUUGCUUACAGAGUCUCUCGAAUGGGCAAGUGCGGACGCCGUAAAUGGCCUUUUGGAUCUGGAAAUCAAGGUUCGGAGCAGCGGCGCUGUGCCCUUCUCCAACGCAACGGACCUCCGCAUCAUCCGCAACGAUUUCCCGUACUAUUUCGAGGAUAACGUGUGCCAUCUUUGUGUAUGGACCAAGGAGCCGAUUCCGUCGGACCCGCGUAGUGAUCGGGGCGACAUCUCGGCGGAGACGCGAGAGCUCAUUGAGAAAUACGUGUGCCAGACGUUUGUGGAACACGCAGGUUUUGCCAGGGAAAACGUGCUCUGGUUCCGCAACUGGGAGGCGCUCCAGAGCGUGCGGGAAAUCAGCCAUAUUCACGUUCUCCUCCGAAACGCGAGCCGGGGCCAGGUGGACAUGUUGAUUGGCACGCCGGGCGUGCCUAUAGAGUUGUGA